AUGCGAAGUGCUCCUACGAAUACGGAAAUAGCCCAGAUAUGUCUAGUCUACCUCCUAGAGCCUGCUCUCUCUAGGGGGCUAUUGGAUGAGGCGAAGCUCGAAGAAUUCCCACUCGCUCGUUUCGCCGCGAUUCAUUGGUUUCAUCAUUAUGCAAACUUAGAGGAAGGGAAGACAGCAAUCGAAAAGCUAAUGUCGAAGCUUUUCAAGGUCGAGACAAAGGCUUUUGUUACGUGGAUACGGUUGCAUGACAUGGACUGUCCGUGGAAAAAAUAUGUGGACUAUGAGCGUCCUAUUGCUGAUAUGGCAUUGCCUCUGUACUAUGCAGCCUUGUUGGGGUUGGAAACCGUCGUGAACAGUAUCUUACCCACCGACACUAGGGACGCGAAUUCAUCGAAUACAGUAAAUGCUCAAGGGGGCUUAUUCGGCAAUGCACUCCAGGCCGCUUCAUUCGGAGGUUAUAAAAGGGUGGUGCAGAUUCUCCUAGAUCGAGGCGCCGACGUCAACGCUCAUUAUGGAGAAUAUGGCAAUGCACUCCAGGCCGCUUCAUUCAGAGGUCAUGAAAAGGUGGUGCAGGUGCUCUUAGAUCGAGGUGUCGACGCCAACGCCCAGGGUGGAUACUAUGGCAAUGCACUCCAGGCCGCUUCAUUCAGAGGCCAUGAAAAGGUAGUGCAGGUGCUCUUAGAUCGAGGUGUCGACGCCAACGCCCAGGGUGGAUACUAUGGCAAUGCUCUCCAGGCCGCAUCAUUCGGAGGCCAUGAAAAGGUGGUGCAGAUGCUCUUAGAUCGAAGUGCCGACGCCAACGCCCAGGGUGGGCGCUAUGGCAAUGCACUCCAUGCCGCAUCGCUCGAGGGUCAUGAAAGGAUAGUGCAGAUGCUGCUGGAUCGAGGGGCCAACGUUAACGCCCAGGGUGGGCGCUAUGGCAAUGCACUCCAGGCCGCUUCAUACGGGGGCUAUGAAAAGGCGGUACAGAUGCUGCUAGAUCAAGGUGCCGACGUCAACGCCCAGGGUGGAAAGCAUGGCGAUGCACUUCAGGCCGCAUCAUCGGGAGGCCAUGAAAAGGUGGUGCAGAUGCUCUUAGAUCGAAAUGCCGACGUCAACACCCAAAGUGGAUUCUAUCCCAGUGCACUCCAGGCCGCAUCACAUGGAGGCCAUGAAAGGGUGGUGCAGAUGCUGCUAGGUCGAGGUGCCGACGCCAACGCCCAGGGUGGAGACUGGGGCAAUGCACUCCAGGCCGCGACAUUUAGAGGCUAUGAAAAGGUGGUGCAGAUGCUGCUAGAUCGAGGCGCCGACGCCAACGCCUAUGGCGGGAUCUAUGGCAAUGCACUCCAGGCCGCAUCACAUGGAGGCCAUGAAAGGGUGGUGCAGAUGCUGCUAGAUCGAGGAGCCGACGCCAACGCCCAGGGUGGAUACUAUGGCAGUGCACUCCAGGCCGCAUCACUCGAGGGUCAUGAAAGGAUAGUGCAGGUGUUGCUAGAUCGAGAGUCCGACGUCAACGCCCAGGGUGGAGAGUAUGGCAAUGCACUUCAAGCCGCGUCAGUCGGAGGCCAUCAAAUGGUGGCACAGCUACUGUUGGAUAGAGGGGCCGAUGUCAAAGCUCAAGGUGGGCGACUUAGCAAUGCACUCCAAGCCGCGGCACUCAGAGGCCAUGGAAACUUGGUGCAGAUGUUGCUGGAUCGAGGUGCCGACGUCAACGCCCAGGGUGGAGAGUAUGGCAAUGCACUCCAAGCCGCAUCACUCGAAGGCCAUCAAAACGUGGUGCAGAUGCUGCUGGAUCGAGGUGCCGAUGGCAACUCCGAAGGGGGAGAAUAUGGCAAUGCACUCCAGGCAGCAUCACGUGAGGGCCUUGAAAAGGCGGUGCAGAUGUUGCUGGGUUGA